AUGGACCACACAGGGCAACCAGAUUCACAGUCGAAUGGGUUUGUGGAGCCUAGCUACGAGUUUUCAUCUAAUUUUGACCGAGUCCAUGCGUCACAGGAUGCUGAUGAUGGAAUGAGCGGCGAAACCGUGCCGGUAGAGGAAGCAGAAGCGAUGGAUUCGUCCGCCGGAGAUGCGGACAUAGAUGCAGAAGCAGUGGUGAGGAUUGUUAACGGGAUAGGGUCCUUUGGCGCCAUUGAAUUUUCUUCCUUGACAGCCAACGACGUCCUUACGACGGAGUUCACAAGCCUACAGGUAGCUCAUGACUAUUACAACGAAUACGGUCGCAUCAAGGAAUUCUCGGUCAGGAGGUCCAAGGUGGGUCGCAGAACAAAGCAGGGGGCGGAAGGCGAAAUCAUUUGGCAGAUAUUCGUGUGCUCGAGGGAAGGAGAGCGAGAUGGGAAACACAUGCAGCAGGAAGACAGGAAGAUGGAUCCUCGACCGAUCACGCGGUGCGGGUGUGAAGCCCGGAUUAAGGUCCACGUUGAUAAUGCCAGCGGGCGAUGGUUUGUUGAACAAUUCUGUGAUAACCAUAAUCAUCCCAUGCUGGAUGCGAGGUUUAGGGGUCUGUCGCAGUCACACAGAGUAGUCAAGGAAGGCGAUUUGCACCAAAUCAAUUCCAUGAGAAAAUCUGGGUUGCGGGUGCCGACAAUUUUCCGCGCCUUUGCCAAUCAGUCAGGAGGAUUCGAGACUGUCGGGUUCGAGAUAAAGGACAUAUACAAUGCGAUAGAGAAGCAAAGGCGGGCUGGCGCGACAGAUGCUGAGGCCAAGUACUCACUGAAUGUUGACAAGAGGCUGGAAAAUCUCUUCUGGUGCGAUGGUACAAGUCGUUAUGACUACAACGUGUUUGGGGAUGUCCUGGGUUUUGAUGCAACGUACAGUCGUAACAAAUACAAGUGCCCUUUGGUAAUAUUCUCAAGGGUGGACCAUCAUAUGAGGACAGCGGUGUUCGGCUGCGCCAUCUUGAGCAAGGAGAGCGAAGGAAGCUAUGUGUGGUUGUUGCGGUCAUUUCUUGAGGUAAUGAAAGGAAAACAGCCGAAGUCUGUCAUCACGGACGGGGACCUCGCCAUGAAGAGUGCGGUUAGCAUAGUUUUUCCCGGUGCACAUCACAGGUUGUGUAGCUGGCAUUUGUUAAGGAACGCCACUGCUAGAGUUGGACGGCCGGGUUUUCUUUGGAAAUUUCGUCUAUGCCUGAUGGGACAUCUAGAGGUUGACGAAUUUGAGAGAAUAUGGACGGAUAGCGUGGCAGACCACAGGUUGGAGGAUCAUCCGUGGAUAGUGGAUAUGUAUGCAAAGAAACAUUCAUGGUCUAAUGGACAUAUCUGGGGGAAAUUCUUCACAGGACUGAAGACGACAUCGAGGUGCGAGGCUUUGAAUAUGCAGCUUGGAAAAUUUAUACACAACGGGUACAAUCUGAGGGAGUUCGUGGAGCAUUUCCAACACUAUUUGGAAUUCAUGAGGAGGAGAGAACUAGUGGCAGACUACAAGUCUGCAUACGGCGAGCCUGCAGUAAAAACGAAACUCGAGGCCAUUGAGCAGUUCGCUGCGACGGUUUAUACAAAAGAGGUUUUUGAACUGUUUUGGGAGGUGCUGAUUCUAGCCAGCAAUGUUAGAGUUGUGUCCACCAAGAGGACGAGCGCUUGUGUUUUGUUCGAGGUCACAAUGUACUGCAAGCAGAGAUCAUGGGCCGUGUCGUGGGCCGAGGAAGACGUCGAAUUCAGUUGUUCUUGUCAGCGGAUGGAGUCCUUCGGGCUUCCUUAUGUCCACAUGGUUGGGGUUCUGGUUUAUCUGAACAUGACAGCUAUUCCCAGAAGCCUAAUACUUGAACGGUGGACAAAGAGGGCAAAGUAG